CGAGAACCGGCGGCGGCAGCACACGGACAGGCAGCAAGCAGGGUCUCACCUCUUCAGACGGGUCAUCUCCACGUGUCCCUCGCCCGUCACACGGGACCCGCAAGGCGUCUCACCACCUCGUCAUUGGCACACCUCGUCUGCCGAUAGCGCUCCUCAAACUGCGUCAUCCUCCUCCUCCUCCUCGCUCCUCUUCCUCACCCGGAACCGUCGUUAGUGCAUCUCUGCUGACAACAUCAUCACCUCAUUUAAAGUAAGGGAAGAGAGAGAGAACAAGAGAGACGCAUAACAAAGAACGAGUGAAGAGGUGGAGGAAGCGAGAAGAUAGCAAGCCCAGCAGGAGGAGGAGGAGAAUUAGGGGGGGGGGGCAAAAUACGAAUAUAAGGAGGAAGUAGACGAGGUUAAAGAGGUGGAGAAGAAUUAGGAGUUGGAAAUAAGUGAAGAGGAGGAGUGGAGGAAUUCAAGAGGAGCUGGGGCACCACGUGAUGACGAGGAGGUGAUAGGAAGAGUUGUAUGAAGAGGUGAUGGUGAGGAAGAGUUGUAUGAAGAGGUGAUGGUGAGGAAGAGUUGUAUGAAGAGGUGAUGGUGAGGAAGAGUUGUAUGAAGAGGUGAUGGUGAGGAAGAGUUGUAUGAAGAGGUGAUGGUGAGGAAGAGUUGUAUGAAGAGGUGAUGGUGAGGGAGAGUUGUAUGAAGAGGUGAUGGUGAGGAAGAGUUGUAUGAAGAGGUGAUGGUGAGGAAGAGUUGUAUGAAGAGGAAUCCAAAAGAUGAGGUUGAAGAGGCGAGCUGUUGAGGAAUAUGUGGGGAGGAGGUGGUGGUGAGUUUCGGUAAAAGGGAGAAUUUGUCAAGGAGGAAGGGCUGUGGGGGGAGGACGACGAGGUGAGGGCGACGAGGUGAGGGCGACGAGGUGAGGGCGACGAGGUAAGGGCGACGAGGUGAGGGCGAGCCCGUCGCAUGGACAAGCGGCUAUGGAGCUGUCUGCAGUGGGGGAACGCGUGUUCGCGGUGGAGAGCAUCAAGAAAAAGAGAAUUCGCAAGGGAAGGGUUCAAUACCUGGUCAAGUGGAAGGGAUGGUCCCCGAAGUAUAGCACGUGGGAACCAGAAGAAAAUAUCCUCGACCCUCGCCUCGUGAUGGCCUACGAAGAGAGGGAGCAGAGGGACCGAGCGAUUGGCCUGCGGAGGAGAGGCCCUCGCUCCAGGAGACUCGUGCUGCAGAGAAGAAGUUGGAGGCGCUGCUGCUUGACCUGGAGCGUACUACUAAGAGAUCUCGAGCCUGGGGUCGCGGUCGUCCCGCUCCUCCCUGCGGCCGCGCGGCGUCGCCGCCACCGCGACGGCGCAGCUCCACGCGGAGCCGCCGAGCGGGGAGUCCAGAGGCGGCUCGGUGAUAGACGGCGACGACGGCGACGACGGCGACGACGACGACGAGGAGGACGACGACGACGACGUGGGGGACGCCGACUACGACGUCCACCCGGCGCCGGCGCCGCCCCGCAGGCGGGGGGCGACGGGGUCGUGGCGGUCGCCCUGCGGCAGAGACGCCGCCGUCGCCGCCGGCGCCCGGCGACGCUGCGCCGCCCGGCGCCGCCCGACGGACGGCCCGUGGCGCCGUGCGGGCGGGGGGGCUCGGGCCCGGCGCCGGGCUCCUCCCUGCGGCCCCUCCGCCCGCGGUGCCGGCGCCCGCCCGCGCCCGCCGCCACGGCCGCCACGGCCGACUCGCGCCGCCGCCACCACCGGCGCCACCUGCACCUGCAGCGCCAGCGGCUGCUGCGGCGGCUGCUGCCGAGGGCGGCGCGGGGAGGAGGCGGCGCCGGGCCGGCCGAGUCGUCGCCGAGGAGGGGCCGCGGCCGCGACGACACCGAAGAAGACGACGACGAGGAGGACGAGGAGGACGAGGAGGAGGAGAUGGAGAUGGACGAGGUGGACGAGGCGGUGCGCCGGGAGCGGUUGUUGUGGAGCCCCCCGCGUCACACGCUGCACGCGCACGUGGUGGUGACGGACGUGACGGCGCACCUCAUCACCGUCACCUUCAGGGAGGCCGGCAGCCAGGAUGGCUUCUUCAAGGUGCGGGCGGGCGCCAACAGCGCCGCCAACGCCGCCAACGCCACCGCCGCCACCAUCAUCGUGUGACACACGAGGUGCGGUGUGGAGGGGAGGAGGAAGAGGAAGAGAGGUCGGUGUGAGAGGGGGGGAGACUGCUCGGAGAGAUAGAGUGGAGAGAGAGUUUAAGGAAGAGGAAGGAUUAGAAGAGAGGCAGCGAUGGGAGCUGAGAGUGGAGAGGCGACGGCCUGGAGAGGAGAUAGAAAUCAGUGGCAGAGACCAGCGGGAAAGAGGCAAACGGGGAAUUGCGUAGCAACUGGAUCAACCUCAGAGAAAGAGCAGGACAGGAGGGAGGCAAGAGAGAGAGAGAACCCAGAGAGGGGACGAGGGGAGCGAAAGACCCCCAACCACCGAGAGAGAGGCCGUGCGACCGUUGAGCAGACGCUCGGCCGACGGUUUCCUCGCACGGUGCCGAGUGGCGAAGUCGGAGGGUGAGCAUGGAGGAACUCCGAGGCAAGGGCGUCUGGGAGAAAAAGACUCAAGAGCCGUGAGACUUAAGACGAAGAACCGUGGAGGAGAGACCGAGACGGUGGGUGGGGAUUCAUCAGGAGGGGGAAGCGAUGAAUGGGUUCAGGAGUUUGGAAGAGACGAGGUGCGGAUUGGAGGAAGAGGUGGCGAGGCGCGCGGAGAGAUGAGGGAACCCCCGAGAAGAUCGAGCGAGAGACGGUCAAAAGACUGCACGCAGCACAAUUAAUCCAUAAUCUGUCCACUUGGGUGCACUUCCACAAUCACGAACAACUGACUGCUAGGAGUAGCACUUCCAGAAUCGGGGAGGGUGGGGCGACGGCUCCCCCUCCUCCUCCUUGCAGGGGCUAUAACAGCGUGGCCACGCGACGAAAACGAACCAAGCGAAUUCGGGUUUAUCUGGCGGGUUCCCUGCGUUCCGUGGCGUUAUUCGGCGUCGCACAGCGCAGGACGCGUCGACGGCCAACGCUUGAAGGACGACCGUUCGGUGGACAAAGUUCGAUGGACGACGCUCCAAGGACGACGCUCGAAGGACGACGGACGCAGCGCAUAAUGAUUCCGGCAGACGGAGAGAGCCGUGCCGAGGAGGAGGAGGAGGCCAAAUGAGGAUCGUGCAGAUAUAAUCCACAAUUCGACAGCUUCCGCAACGCCUGUAGUCGUUAUGGAUCAUUUAUUUGUUCCGCAAUUGUCACAGUCGCGGAAUAUUGUUUUGGCAAUGUUCAACAAUAGAUGGCAUUGUUUUACUAGGGUUUCAGUAUUAUUAUAAUAAUUAUAAUUAUUAUCACGAUAGUUGUUGAAUUAUCGCUGUUGUUCCCGUGUUUUGUUAGGGCUGGUUGCGUGCCGUGCAGAGUAUGUGACACGCGUACUGCUGGCAACGCACACGUGACACGCAUACUGCUGGCAACGCACACGUGACGCACGUGUACUGCUGGCAACGCACACGUGACGCACGUGUACACACCGCGUGUAACUCGCGGUAGGGUAUAUAUACACGUGGCGCAUACUCACCGUGUCGACUGAUAACAGAGUACACGGCCACGUGUACUCGUCGGGAUGUUGUUCGCGUUGAUGGGCAUUUACUGGGACAUGCGGGCACAAGUAUGCACACCUGUACGCACUUACACUUAGGUAUUCGCACGCAGAUAUACACAAGUACGUACAGGUACACACACAAGUAUACACAAUUACACAUAGGUACUUACACAUAGGUGAAUACACACACAAAGACAAACACGAAGAUAUCCCCCGUAUAGUCUAUACAGACUUGGGGCAAGUGGUGUUAGCGAGCACCUAUGAAGGCCGGCAUGGCACACGAGGGGGUGUACACCAACACAGGUACACAGAUGCACACAGAUGCACACACACAGGUACACACACACACAGAUGCACACACACACAGAUGCACACACACAGAUGCACACACACAGAUGCACACACACACAGAUGCACACACAGGUACACACAGGCACACACACACACACAGAUACACACACACAGAUGCACACACACAGGCACACACACACACAGAUGCACACACACACACACAGAUGCACACACACAGAUGCACACACACACAGAUGCACACACACAGAUGCACGCACACACACAGGUACACAAGAGCACACUAAUACCGUGCACAAGGGUUGCACCCAGGUGCACGGGGAGGGCUGGGUCGCCCCGGGUAACCAAUUACCCUAAUUAAUGACGUCAUUAGUCGCAAUGCUUUGCACUGCUCACGGGUCACGUGGCGUGGGUG